AACCGAUAUAAAUCAUCUCUUGUUCUUCACAGCCUCCAGCGAAGCGGCCAUUAACGACCUCGUUCGCUCUUCUCUCAGGUUCCGUAGGCACUUGCUCUUUCUUUGCAUCGUCCAGAUGCUGACCUGCAUUGCCUGCUCGAAGCAGCUAAGCGUCGCCACUGCGGCCUCCAGGAAUGUCGCCGGCGGCCCCGAAUCGCCGAUCCAUGAUCCGGAUGGCGAGGGCACGGGCAACGGGGCCGCUACUCCCAGCACCCGCCAGGCCAUCAAAGCUCUCACCUCUCAGAUUAGGGACAUGGCGUUGAAGGCGUCGGGGGCGUACCGGCACUGCAAGCCGUGCGCCGGCGCGUCCGGGGGGAGUCAGCGACUCCCCCACCAUCAUGUCGGCUACACGGACUCCGAAAUGGGAUCUGCGUCGGAUCGGUUCCACUAUGCGUAUCGGCGUGCCGGAAUGGGCUCGGGGUCUUCGCCGCCGUCGGAGCGCGAGUUGGAUAUGCGGCUCAAGGCGAUCUCCAGCGCGGAGAGGACGCCGUCGGUGAGCGGACGGACGGAGGCCUCGUCGGAGGCGGCGUCGGCCUUCUUAGAGGACGGCCAAGAUGAGCCGAAGGAGUGGGUUGCACAGGUGGAACCGGGAGUCCUAAUCACCUUCCUCUCUCUCCCUCAGGGGGGCAACGAUCUCAAGAGGAUCCGUUUCCGCCGAGAGAUGUUUAACAAGUGGCAAGCACAGAGGUGGUGGGCUGAAAACUGUGACAAGGUCAUGGAGCUUUACAAUGUUCAGAGAGUCAAUCGACAAACCAUGCCACUUCCAAACCCGCAGAGAUCCGAGGAUGAGGUGAAAGAAGAAUGCCCAAUAUGCUCAAAGGACAGGCUUGCGACACCAGCACUCGGCAAAGAACUGCUUCCUCACAAUCUCCACAGGCCAUUGAUGGGUGGCGGCGGGAUUGGGUACUCACCAUCUGAUUCUCUUGAACAACACCAAGGCUCCACAGGCCAUAACCAUGGCCACCUGCACCAUGUGCGUCACUACUAUGACUCCGGUGGCCUUACUUCAACCCCAAAGCUUUCUAGCAUUAGUGGUGCAAAGACAGAAACAUCCUCAAUGGAUGCUUCAGUUAGAACAUGUUCAUCACCUGAUGAGGUGGAGCAGUCUGGUGAAAUCUCAGCAUCUAUCAGCAAUGCGAGUGAUCUAGAAAGAGAAUGGGUGGAAGAGGAUGAACCGGGUGUCUACAUCACAAUUCGCGAAUUGCCAGGAGGUAUCAGGGAACUCCGACGGGUUCGUUUCAGCCGAGAGAGGUUUGGUGAGAUGCACGCAAGGUUGUGGUGGGAGGAGAACCGUGCCAGGAUACAAGAGCAGUAUCUUUGACAAACAGAGACUCCUUGCCCUCGGAUCACGUUAUGUUAUCCUGAUCCGCAACCGCGUGACCUGAACCGUUUCGGGCAGUGGAUUCGCCCUUGCGAUGGAACCGUUUAGAUAAAAGAUCUCCGCGGGUGGGUGGAAACCGAACCGGAAGACGACGACCCGGCAACAGCGCGAUGCCGUGACGCGUCCAACAGCCAUCGAAGGGUCUCUACGCGUCGCGGCGUCGUUGGCUACCGGGCGUCUCAGUACCACGCGCAGCGGCACGAGCGACACGUGACGGCUGACGGGCUUCUUCCGCACGAUGUCUUCCUACGCGACACGAUAGGUCCGGCGUCCGAUUUAUGGAGAUGGAACGCAAGACGUCGGAUCGUCGCCCGCACGGAAGAUACUGUGGGUCGGAUUCGGUGUUUUCAAAACGCAUGUUACCGCACGAGCUCAGCUGCCUUUUUUUUUUCUCACGGGGAAAAGUAGCCUUUCAGGUUUUAAAAUUACCAAAUAGGCCUCGAAAUUUUUAAAUUUGUAUACUUCAUAUCGUAUUUGGUAUUAGUAAGGAUUUAUUUGUCUCUCUAACAUAUUUU